AAGAAAUCCUUACUAAAGAAUCGAAUGUGCAAGAGGUACGUUGCCCCGUCACCGUCUGUGGGGAUGUCCACGGUCAGUUCCACGACCUUAUGGAGCUCUUUAGAAUCGGCGGGAAGUCGCCAGACACAAAUUACCUGUUCAUGGGAGACUACGUGGACAGAGGCUAUUACUCGGUGGAAACGGUGACUCUCCUAGUGGCGUUAAAGGUGCGUUACCCAGAACGCAUUACCAUCCUGAGGGGCAAUCACGAAAGCAGGCAAAUCACACAAGUGUACGGCUUCUACGACGAGUGCCUGCGGAAGUACGGCAACGCCAACGUCUGGAAGUAUUUCACAGAUCUGUUUGAUUACCUUCCUCUUACAGCUCUAGUAGAUGGCCAGAUAUUCUGUCUCCACGGUGGCCUCUCUCCAUCCAUAGAUACACUGGAUCACAUCAGGGCUCUGGACCGCCUGCAGGAAGUUCCACACGAGGGGCCUAUGUGUGAUCUGUUAUGGUCGGAUCCAGAUGAUCGUGGCGGCUGGGGCAUAUCUCCACGUGGCGCCGGCUACACGUUUGGGCAAGAUAUUUCUGAGACAUUUAACCACGCCAAUGGUCUCACGCUGGUCUCCCGUGCUCACCAACUCGUCAUGGAGGGUUAUAAUUGGUGCCACGACCGGAAUGUGGUGACCAUUUUCAGUGCACCCAAUUACUGUUACCGUUGUGGGAACCAGGCUGCUAUCAUGGAACUAGAUGACACUUUAAAAUAUUCCUUCCUCCAGUUUGACCCAGCACCUCGUCGUGGAGAACCUCAUGUUACCCGUCGUACCCCCGACUACUUCCUAUAAACCUCUCCUCACCUUUGUGGGAGGAAGUCCACCUGGCAUUUUGAAGAGCAACAAUAUUUACACGUUUCGGUAAGAAAUCGGGGUUCGUCUCAACUUAAAAUCCCCGCCGUGGACCAAAAUGUGCCAUACAGAGGACGAAGAGCAUUUAGCACAACAUGAGACUGAAUUCCUGGCGACACGCUCGGUACCCCGCGCCCAUCAGUCAGUUUGCCUGCUGUAUUUGUAGUCAUUGUUUUUCUUCUGGACUGGUCAGAGAGGAAAAGGUAACUGAGAACAACUUCCAUCUCCUUUGAGGCUUCUUUGUAAAUUUUUAAUUCUAGUGUUUAAUGGGCAUGAAUUAGAGUUUGUUUUGGAGGGAAACGCACACUAACCUCUUCCCACACCACUCUUUAUUUGACGGAAAGACGGAUCAACUGAACUGGA